CAUCUGUCUCACGAGUCCCGGCCUUCUCCAAUUUCAUCAUCGAUCUUCUAUUCAGGAAGAAAGAACAAAAAAACCCAAACCCGUUUUUCAGAAACCCGAUUCGAAUCCAAGAUGAACGACACCGACGUUUCGAAGCAGAUCCAGCAGAUGGUCCGCUUCAUCCGUCAAGAAGCUGAGGAAAAGGCCAACGAGAUCUCCGUCUCCGCCGAAGAAGAAUUCAAUAUCGAGAAGCUGCAAUUGGUGGAAGCUGAGAAGAAAAAGAUCAGACAAGAGUACGAGCGCAAAGAGAAACAAGUUGAAGUCCGCAAAAAAAUUGAGUACUCAAUGCAACUGAAUGCUUCUCGAAUCAAAGUCCUUCAAGCUCAAGACGAUUUGGUCAAUUCCAUGAAGGAAGCUGCAGCAAAGGAGCUUUUGAAUAUUAGUGGAGACCAUCGUAACUACAAACGCCUGCUUAAGGAUCUCGUUGUUCAGAGUUUGUUGAGGCUAAAAGAGCCAUCGGUGUUAUUGCGGUGUCGUAAAGAGGAUCUACACUUGGUUGAGUCUGUAUUGGACUCGGCAAAGGGUGAGUAUGCUGACAAGGCAAAAGUUCAUGCACCUGAGAUCAUAGUCGACAAUGUCCACCUUCCACCUGCUCCUUCGAAUCAAAACGAACAUGCCCGUUUCUGCUCUGGUGGUGUGGUGUUGGCUUCGAGGGAUGGGAAAAUCGUGUUCGAGAACACUCUUGAUGCUAGACUUGAUGUUGUCUUCCGUAAAAAAUUGCCAGAGAUUCGCAAGAGUCUAUUUAGUCAGAUUGCUGCCUGAUGAUUUAGACCAGGUCCCACAUUUUCGUGUCGUUUUAAGUCAUUUUCAAGCUCAUACGACUUUAAGUGGGCCCCAUCGACCCUAGAGAAAAGUAUCAUCCGAUGGGACAAUUUUUCCGAUUGCUUCCUCUGUUCCUUGUUUACUGUGGGCCUGAAGAACAGGCUGCUUCAAAAUAACAUCCAUACAUAGCUAGAGGGUGCAAUUAAUUUCCGUUUUUUUGUUUUUCGAUUUUCUUUUUUCUUUAAAUUUUAUUUUAAACACGUUCAAUAAUUGUAAGCCGCGCGGAAGUGGUUUUUGUUUGCAACGACAUAAUAAAUUAAGUCCAGAGAUUUUUUAUUUUUUUUUAA